AUGGCUUCGGAGGACGAGGUCGAGACUUUCUUCUUGAAUGGAACGGAAAAUGACAAAGGGUUGGGUCAAUACACACCCCCGGCAUCUUUUGCGCAAUCAGUACGAAUACUAAAAGGAUCCGGGUGUUGUGACGACAGUUCGAGCAUGGCCGGUAAGCAUCAAUACAACAGCAUGUCCGAUUCUGACGAGGCCAAGUCCCCGUUGAUGGCUCUGGAGCACCAAGAGACUCGCAUUCCCGACUUGGUCCACGAGAAUCCACCGUGGGUGGAAACCUCACGCGCGAGCACGCCAGGAGAGACGAGGCCGCCUUCCGUGUCAUUUUCCCUUCAAUCAUACCUGGAUGAUGAAAAUGACCUGGAGAAGAGGCUCGUGGGAGCUGCGGAGCUCAGCCCAGGUUUCCAGGCACAUCACAUGGUGAAACAGGAGGUACGGGCGCAAGGGUCGAACCACAAAGCAGCCACAGCCGCCUCGGCAGCUCUGCCCGGCUUGGAAACGACCAAUGUUGACGACGGAGGCUUGUCUCAAUUGCCGGCCAUGUCGGCGGCUGAGGAGGACGGCACAGACGCGCUCACUCACGAAGGCAUGUCUCUGGGCUCGCACUCUCCACGUUCAACGACGACUCGGGCAUCGGCUUCGACCCUUUCAUCCAAAGGGUCGUCGAACGACCAGGCCUUGGCCCCUGGCUCGGUCUCUAGUCGCCACGUAGCUAUCCAUCGGCAAUUGGAAGAAGCAGGAUUAUCUGGUCUUGGUGAUGGAUCCCACAGUUUCAACUUGUAUCAUCGGUACGAAUCGUUUGACCUUGCAGAUGUCUUGUUUUUUUAUUUUCCUUCUUUUAUUUUUUUUCUCAAGUCACUGGCUGACGAUGCUGCUGCAACCAGGGCCGGUACGUUGGACACGAAACGAUGGCGCGUGCAUAAAAAGAAACGGAUGGUGCGUCGUGGGAUGCGAGAAGAGGGUCAGCAGAAGAAAUAA